UUCUACAAGUGAGUUCAUUCAAUAGAUUGGUUUUUAUUUCUACAAAUAAACAUUAUUUAAUUUCCUUUCGGUUUCGUCUCUCCUUUUUUAUUUUCUUUUCCGCAACUUGAUUCCAUCCAAGUCCACCAUGUUUAUCUUCAACCUGAUCUCCAAACCCACAAUUUUGUAACCCCCCCCCCCCCUCCAUGUGUUCUCUGAAUCUCUCAACCAUGGAUUUGGACGAUGAUAAACGUGCUAAAAGAAGGAAAACCCAGACUGAAGAAGAUGAUGAUGAUCAUCAUCAUCAUCAACCACAGCCAACAGCCAUGGAAACCCUUCCCAACGAAAUCAUCGUCGACAUACUUUCGAGGUUACCCAUCACAUCUUUGGUGCAAUUCAAGUUCGUAUGCAAACGAUGGCGUGCCUUAACUCAAGACCCUGUUCUUGCCGAUAUGCAUCUUUCAUGGAAAGCUGAUGGAAACGACUCCUGCCUCAUCCUUCACUGUGAUUUUCCCAUACGAAACCAGCUUUAUUUCCUGGAUUUAUCAGCUCACAACCAAGACAAAGACAAGGUAAAAAGGUUAUAUGUACCUUUUCAAGCUACCAUGCCUGAAUUUGAUGUUGUAGGUUCCUGUAAUGGUUUAUUAUGCUUAUCUGACUCGUUAUACAACGAUGCACUUUAUGUUCACAAUCCUUUCACCAUGGAUUGUAUAGAGCUACCAAAAUCUAGACAAUACUCUGAUCAAGAACUCGUUUUCGGAUUCGGAUUCCAUCCCAAAACCAAGGAAUACAAGGUAGUUAAGAUAGUUUACUAUAGGAAUACUAGUAGUUACAGUCGUGCCCGAAGAACUGUCUAUCCACAAUCAGAUGUUCAAAUUUACACACUAGGAAGCUCUUCGUGGAGGAGUCUAGGGAAAGUAUCAUAUCAAUUCGUAAGGCGGCCUUCGGAGGCUUUGGUUAAUGGAAGACUUCAUUGGGUGAGUAGGCCAAGACGAUACCAUCCGGCUCGCCGUCUUAUCUCCUUCGACUUAGCGGAUGAACAAUUCCGGGAAGUCCCGAAACCGGAUUGUGGUGGUUUAAAUAGGUGUAACUUUCAUCUGUCUGUUUUAGGUGGUUGUCUUGCUGCAGCUGUUUAUGGGAAUUAUGGGAAGUUGGAGAUAUGGGUUAUGAAGUGUUAUAACGUGAAUGAAUCUUGGGUUAAACAAUUCACCAUUGGAGCAUACAUGCCCAAGUGUUUGAAGCUGAAUUUGGAUCGACAUAGGCCUUUGAAGAUAUGGAAGACUGGUUCCAAUGGGAAAGUGGUUCGAGUUCUGUGUUUACUAAACAAUGGGGAAGUAUUGUUGGAGUAUAAGAACAGGGUUUUGGUGUCUUAUAAUCCAAAGAAAGGGAAAUUCAGAGAUCUUGUAUUUCAUGGGUUACCUAAUUGGUUUCAAACAGUUGUUCAUACAGGCAGUUUGAAUUGGCUUAACACCGUUCAUUGAUUGUGAGUUUGCUGAUCUCGUUUUAGAUAAAAGAAAAAAGUUUAUGCAUUCCAAUGUUAAUUUGUUUUUGUAAUUCCUCAAUUUAGCUUGAUACAUAGCAUUGUCAUUUUAUGAGUAUUGUUAAUUAUAUACAAUCCAAAUUUGGGAAAUUUUAGAUGAUGAA